AUGGUGAGCCUCAAGCAGCGCGCCAAGGACCUGGAACCGACCAGAAGAAGAGACUUUGAUCCCGAAGACGAUGCCUUUCGCCGCGCAGACGAAGACGACUCCGACGCCGCCGAAGAGUCGGCGGAGGAGGUUAAUGGUCGAGAGCAUUACGAGGCCGUUGGCAAGAGUAAACUGCGCAAACCAGAGCAGGUCAGCCUGGGAUCAAAAUAUGGCGGCGUGGCGGUAAGCCGCAAGGACCUAGAAGACGACGACGACGACGAUCACGAUCCAUUUGCGCCCGACGGUGAGGACGACGACGACGACGACGACGAAGAUCCCUUUGCGAGGCCAGACGGAGACCUCAGCGAAGACGACGCAUCAGACAUCCCUGCCGAUGGACAUCUAGGUUCCGACGUCGAAGAAGACUCCGAGAUCGACAGUGAUGAAGCCCUGGGUGAAAGUGACGUUGAGCGGUUUAAAAACUUUACAUUUCGAGGCAGCAAGCAGAACCGCAUAGAGGCGACGUCAGAAGACGACGUAUCAGGGGAAGAAGAUGACGACUCGGACCAUGACCAGUCAGGAGAACAAUCGGAACAAGAGUCGGACCUUGACAUGGACAGCGACGACGACGACGACGACGACGGCGACGAUGCCUCGUCUCCGUCGUCAAUGUCGUCCGAGGAAGAGGAGGAGGAGGAGGAGGAGGAGGAGGAGGAGGAGGAUGACGCUCCGCGAAAUCCUGACCGGAAAGCGCUGCGGGACGUCCUCUCUUCUACUACCGCAGGCCUGGCAUCGGCCCUGUCCGCCGGUGCCAACGCAGACGUGAAAAAGGGCCACGCGGUCAAGAAACAGCGACAGACAUUCGACCGACUCCUGGACGCCCGUAUCAAGCUGCAGAAGGGCGUCACGGCAGUCAACGACCUCGGCCUUCUCGACGACACGGUCCUCUCGGAGGACCAAGUCAAAGACGCCGCCAGAAAGGCCGAAGACGCCGCUCUGGCACUCUGGUCCACCAUCGACUCGAUCCGCUGCACUCUACUCUCUGCGCAAGACACAACCACCACCAUCACAGCCGCCGCGACCUCGGCCUCUUCCACACCACCGCAAUCGCGCAAGAGGCCACUCACAGCGACCCGGUCCACGGCCCUCUCCGACCUGUGGACUCACGCGCAGUCCCUCGAAUCCGCGGCCCAGCCGCUCCGGCGAAGCACCCUGGACAAAUGGCACGCCAAAACCCAACCGGCGAUCGACACCACGGCGGCGGCGGCGUCGUCGUUGCGCUCGAAACUCCUCGACCCGUCGCGUCAGCAGGCGUCUCACUCCUCCUCCUCGGCCUCGCGCUUCACAAGCGUGCUGGAUACGUACCUCACGUCUGAAGCGCCGAAGCUGGUGGCCUCGUCCACACCCGCGCCGGGCACCUUUGACGACGGCGCCUUCUACCAGGCCCUCCUGCGCGAUCUGAUCACGUCGCGGGGCGCGAACGGCACCACGGCUGCUGCUGCCGCGGGUCCGGAGCCGUUCGUGGUGCCCGCGAGACUGAAAUCCAAGGACAAGAACAAGGUCGUCGACACGAAGGCCUCCAAGGGCCGCAAAGUGCGGUACACGGUGCACGAGAAGCUGGAGAACUUCAUGGCCCCGGAGGAUCGCAGCACGUGGGAAGACGCCGCGAGGAGAGAGUUCUUUGCCAGCCUGUUCGGGAACAGGGGGGCUCUGGACGAGGCUGCUGCGGCGGCGGCGGCGGAAGACGGGGCAGACCAAGCAAGUGACGACGAGAACGGCGCCGAGGUCGAAGCACUGCGCCUGUUUAGAAGUUGA